AAGCCACGCCGUAUACACUGCGAGAAAGCGGCGAGGCGGCCGCCCGAACAAAGCCAAACACCGAUCCAAUCUACGCCUCCGACGAUCCCCGACUGCAUGGCGCUGAAAGGCAAAGCGCUCACGAGGCCGCCGCCGCGUGAUCCGCGAAAGGGAAAGUUUGAGAUGCCAGUCUCGGGAGAAUCUGCGUCUUUUUCCCGAAAGGAAUGACAGGUAUGUUUCAUGUGAUAUUACAAUUUCUCUUGAAAGUGCCAUGUGGAGGUACUUCGGUGGUGGCGGAGGCCUUUGGCCUAGCUUCGGCGUCCGAGGCUAACGGCCUCCGCCGCCUGGAAGCUCGGCUCGCGCCCCGCCACCGGAGCUCGCUCGUCGGAAGAACCAUCCGAAUAUUUAACAUUAAUUACAGCCACAGGUUCGAAUCUGUAUGGAAGUUUUCCUCCGUCUCCCCGAUCAACCAAUACUGCCAUUUCUUCAUCAGAUGAGGAUAAAUCCGAGAAAUCAGCGCCGGGCAUUGUGGUGUCCCAUGUAAUCGAGCGUUGGGAACGGCACAGUACACGUCACGUACGCUCACGGACAUCAUGUGACUCGCGAAAAUGGCAGUGCCCCUGGAAAUCCGUAAUUGUCGGCAAAAAUCUUCUCAAAACACGAUGAAAUGAGAGAGGAUUUACCAUCACAUUGUCAAAAUAGGGUACAUAUUAUUUAUUAUUUAAACUAUUGGAUACACUGUCCAUGCAAAGCUCUGGAUUUCUCCUUUAAGGUUGAGGAUUUAAGUGAUCGGAUCACAUUUUCGUUGAGGGUAGGAGGGAUGUUUAGGUUCGGGUGGGUUAAGGGAUAAAGAGGAGAUGGGAGAUGUUCGAUCUUUUGUGCAGGGUUCGGGCUGAAUUUCCAAAGCGCACGUGUGCGGUGAAUUUAUGUCAAACAGGUGAAAGCUCAGUACAGUGGGGGAAUCAGUCAAGCUUGUUGCUUUGACCUACUUGACUGUAGCAGAACAGUGGAAAGCAGCUCAGGUCUCGCAUUUUGUAUUUUCUUCACAAAAAUCUGGCAUCUCCGAGUAGAUUUAAAUCGGCGGCGACAGUCUGAUUCAAUAUCACAACAUUGUUUGUAAAGGUCAUAAAGGAUGGGAGGAAAGUCACAUCUUUGUCCAAUAUUUGCUCAAGUCCCUUUCAAGUGAAGGUGAAUGUUUUGUAAAUCUGAAACGACCUUGCCAAAUUUGAAAGGCUUCAAAUCAAACAGUUCUAUCAAAUGCCACCUGGAAAAAUUGGACGCUCCGUCGUCUAACAUCUUUCCGAUCAUGGAACACGGCGGGACGCUUGAGACGGAGAACCCUCUAAGGCGGCCACAUCAGUGGACAAACAGAAGGUAAAAUGCAUUUUCCGGGUGUAGGGGGAGCUAGCUAGUGAACUUCACGUUGAGGUUGGGCUGGAUAACUACAGACGCGAACAACGGCCAUCACGUUUUUAUAUAGCGGGCGACUGAUGCCGAUGGCCGUCAUCCAUUCCCGUUUCAACCGCGCCAAACAAUUUGACGCCGUACCUCCGCUAUUGAGGACUACGUCGUUCUCAGUUUUGCAGCUCCAAAAAUGUCAUUUCUUUAACAACUCACUCAAAAAAAUUCCACUUCUUGAGUUUCAGGCGAAUCUCGGCGAGGCCCCAACUCGUUAAACUCAAUCAAUGGCGGCUAAGAUGGGCCAUUAGUUACAGGUCACGAAAGCGAUGUCGGGGAAUGUUUGUCUCCGUGAUUGAAGUGUCCCACUGGGCCUACGUUAAUUGAGUCCUCUCUGUAAUCGCACGCCGGGCUCCAGUCGCAAAAAAAAAAAAAAAAAAAAAAAAACGAUAGGGGAGAUUAUCCUCGAGGCCGCUUGUUAUAUUCCCCGGCGGAAAAUUGAAAUGGUAUUUUCUCCUCGUCUCGCACGUUGUGACGGACACAUAAAUGGUCGCCAUUGAAACCACGCUGCGGCCCCUACUAUGGGACACGCCCCUUCUGACCCGGAAGCUCUUUUCGAAGAAGAGAACAUCUCGCAACCGAGUGAAGUGGCCGGGGCAAUACUACCCUAUUGUUUCGAGCCAUAUUUAGAUGAUAUGCGGAUCAUAGCCAAUCUGCCUGUCUGUCCGAUCCACUUCCGAGGCGGCACCCCCAAUUAUUGUUUUUGGUUUUUUUAGUAGCUGUAUACACACCUACGUGUCAUUUUAACCCACAAAGCUCUCGUCCUUUGCACCUGUGCAUUACAGUUUUCACGACGAACCGGCUCUUCUGGAAAAGUCUGAAUAGCGAAUCCGUCCUCCCGAGCGUUCGAGCAUUAUCCAGCAAUACAACGAGCCGGCAUUUUGGCUAACGCGAAGGAACAACGAGCUACCUUCCAGCCAGUAAAACUAGUAUAAACAGACAAGACCGCUAGAGGGCGCUACUGCCCUGUACGUCACUUCCUGCUUCUUGUCAAAAACAAAACCCUCGAGAGGAUUUUCAUGGCAGGAGCUACAAAAAGCCCUAUACGUCAAAGUCAUAUUUUGUGGUGAAAAAAGCAUGUGUCCAUACCGGCUGCCGUUUUUUCACGAGUAACAUACUAAAAAUCUUGCCUUUCAUGACAGUGGACCUUUAAGAGUCAGAGGUUUGGUGGCAGUUGUACGUUUCAAUAACUUUAAAAUCCAUCGUUGAAACAAAUUGACUUAACUUCCUCAGGUCGCCAUUGUUGGCAGACAUCAAUUUCUCAAGUACUGUCCCAAAACCUGCCAAAUUUUAAUAGGAUUCAAUUGACUCUGUCAUGAUUUCUGCAAACUGCCACCACUGAAUAAUUAAUGGGACCAUUACUUGUUUUGUUUGACCCGAACGUAAAAACAUUUGCCCUUCACUCUUUGCCCAAAAAAAAAAAAACCCUAGGAAGUAUUCAGGUUGAUGCGAGAGAAAACGUCAGCUCGGGACGUUUGGUUCCAACCACGUCCCGGCCGACCCUUGAUUGGGCUAAUGCAUAAUAAAUCACAAUUACGUGCCUCUGACGUGCAAGGUCAGCUACACCUUGAGAUGUGUCAAGAGCCGAUGGGUUCUGAAUGUGUGUGUGUGUGUGUGUGUGUGUUUAUGCAUUAGUUUGCUUGCCUCUCUGAGUAUGACAAAGCAAUAGCAACAUAAAAUAUUCAGUUUGUUUCAACUAGCCAAUUGUGACGCGCUAACGGAAAGUAUGUCAUAUUUGCUUCACCGGAGCUGUGCCUUGAAGACGUCAUGCUGCUGGCCACGCCCAUAGCAGGAAGUGUUUGGCACUCUUUACAGGAGAAGCAGCCAAGCUAGGCUAGGCUAAUGAUGCUAAUUCCAUUCCAACACCAUCAUCCCCUGAACUCCUCUCCCUCAGCUGCCAGCGGAUCUCCAACUUCCUGACGGGCGGGAAUACAGCAGACAGCACCUACACGCUAUCAUGGCAGUCAGACUGUGUGAUGUGGCUUCUCUUCUUAGAAGCGGCUCGUGGGCUUCCGAGCCUUGGACCGGGCAAGUAAUUGCCGCCAUGGAAACGCAGCUGUCCAACGGGCCCACUUGCAACAACACCAGCAACGGGCCGUCCACCAUCUCCAACAACUGUUCCUCGCCCGUGGAGUCGGGCGGCCUGGAGGACAGCAAGACCAACCUGAUAGUUAACUACCUGCCGCAGAACAUGACCCAGGAGGAGCUCAAGAGCUUGUUCGGCAGCAUUGGCGAGAUCGAAUCCUGCAAGCUCGUACGAGACAAAAUAACAGGGCAGAGCCUCGGGUAUGGAUUUGUGAAUUACGUGGACGCCAAGGAUGCGGAAAAAGCCAUCAAAACAUUGAAUGGCUUGAGACUUCAGACCAAGACCAUCAAGGUUUCCUAUGCGCGUCCGAGCUCCGCCUCCAUCCGAGAUGCAAAUUUGUACGUCAGCGGCUUGCCGAAGACCAUGACUCAGAUGGAACUGGAGCAGCUCUUCUCGCAGUACGGCCGCAUCAUUACCUCGCGCAUUCUGGUGGACCAGGUGACCGGUCUUUCCAGAGGCGUGGGAUUCAUCCGCUUUGACCGGCGGGUGGAGGCAGAGGAGGCCAUCAAGGGUCUCCACUGCCAGAAGCCGCCCGGCGCCGCCGAGCCCAUCACAGUCAAGUUUGCCAACAACCCGAGCCAGAAGACCAACCAGGCCCUGCUGUCCCAGCUGUACCAGUCGCCCAAUCGAAGGUACCCAGGAUCGCUCGCACAGCAGGCACAACGCUUCAGGCUGGACAACCUGCUGAACAUGGCUUACGGCGUGAAAAGGUUCUCCCCCAUGGCCAUCGACGGGGUGACCAGUCUAGCCGGCAUGAAUAUCCCGGGCCACAGCAGCGGCUGGUGCAUCUUUGUGUACAACCUGUCCCCCGACGCCGACGAGAGCAUCCUGUGGCAAAUGUUCGGCCCGUUUGGCGCGGUCACCAACGUGAAGGUCAUUCGCGACUUCAGCACAAACAAGUGCAAAGGCUUCGGUUUCGUCACCAUGACCAACUACGAGGAGGCGGCCGUGGCCAUCGGCAGCCUCAACGGGUACCGCCUGGGCGACCGCAUGCUGCAGGUGUCGUUCAAGACCAACAAAACCCACAAAGCUUAAAACGCGUGCGCCACCGUCGUUCGUCCUUUUCGUUGCGUCGGCUUUUUUUUUUUUUUUUUUUUUUUUUUUGUGUGUGUGUGCUCUCGUGGCGUUCCGUGUUUUCGUCGUUCAGUUUCAUUCGCCGUCGUCGUUCCCCCGGCUGUUUGAUUGCACACGUUAUCAUAUAUAUAGUCGGAUCUUGGUUUUGUCUGCGCUUACUGUAUAAUGAAAGAAAACAAAAAGACAUUCUUAAAGCAAGUACCUUGCCAAAGAGCACCGAACCUCUUUGAUGUGGGUUUAAAAGCGUCUAUUUUUCUAAGUAAAAUUUGGAGAAACUUUUUACUGCACCUGGAAAAUAAAUGACUUAAAAAAAAAAGAAAAAAAAUAUUUUGACAAAUAUCUUACGAUACCUUGUAAUGCUUUUGAACUUUACAAAAAAGUUUGCAGCGGCGUAAACGGUGGCCUUCUGCCAUCUUUCAGCAGCCCCCCACCCUCCCCCCACAUUGAUUCGCGAAAGCAUCGAACCCAAAAGUAGCGAGGACGCCAGGCGCCGUAGGAAACGGGUCUUCCCGGCCGGAGAGGUGGCGGACCUGCGAGCUCCGUCCUGACUCUCACGAUCGAAAAGGUGUUUUUUUUUUUUUUUUUUGUUGUUUUUUAUUACACAACAGUAUAAAAAGUCCACAGUAAAUACUUUUGCCCCCCCCCCCCCUUGCUAUUUGGCCUAAUUAUGUUUUCAGUUUGAUACCUUUAACUUCUGGAAGUUGAAAUUCACCCCCGUUCGUUUGCCAGAUGAGGCAUUUUCGGUGCAUUGAACUUAUUGGAUUUGUUGAAGGGGAAAAAAAAAAAAAAAAAACUCGUCGAGUUUUGUUUUGACGUCGACAUUGUGGAUUCCGCAAGCGUUCAGAGGCUGACAAAACCCCACUUUUGAACUCUUGUCUACUUUGCACACGGAUGAUCUAUUCGUUUUAGUGACGCGCGGAUGACUAGAAAUUGGUCAAACGGUUUCUGAAUGGCUUUUUCCAUUGUAGCGGUGAGAACGCUAUCAAGAAUUGGAUGCUAGCGUCGACUGACUAAACCCGAGCAGCAGUGCGCAACGUCGCAUUCGAUCUUUGCAACUCUUGACCUGUUUCUCCUCCUUUUUUGCGCGUCACCUUUUUGUUUUUGACCGUGAGGAUGAUUCAUGGAAGUUGUGAAGUUGUGUUUUGAUUGGAACCCAAGAACUUUGUGUUCAGUAUUAGAAGGAUGUACUAUUUUUUUUGUUUUGUUUUGUUUUUUAACACAUUGGAAUUGAGUUUUCCCUUGUUGAGUACAUCAAUAAAUAAGUUUGAAGGGCAA